AUGGCCGAGAAACAAGGCACCGAGUCUUCGUCUACCGACCCUAACCAGUGUGUCCUCAUUCCGCUGAAACUCGACGCUUUUGUCUUCAAUAAACCCGUCUGUGAUGGCAUUCCUCCUCCAAUCCCCACAUCUGGAACUGCUUCCGCCUUUGACGCUGUCGGAGCCAAGAUCGCUCCCAUUGAGCAACCCAAUUAUACUUUUCUUCGCCUGAACAGCAGCCUGGUUCAGCCAGAUAUCCAGAACCCGAUUGACUUGUACAAUUCUUGGCCUGCAGAGUUCAAUUCUCGAUUCACCAACCUGGGGUCGGAGAAAGCCAUCCAACGCAGAGUUGGUGUGUAUCUUCACUGGACACUCCCCCGUUUAUUUCGAAGCGGUGUCGCCGCUGCCGGCCAUGAUGCCGUCAAGAGCCAGAGUUUUUCCCAGGCCCGCGCUUCUAGGGGGUUAUCGAACGAACAAAAGGCCGUCGAUUUCGCACCACCAGUGUUUCCUUCAGUCCCAAACCGCUGGCUUGUCAUUCGGCAUAUCGCUGAUGAGACGAGCAUUUUCCCAGAGUCUGCGCGGAGUCAGGUCCCCAAGUUCGCUGCUUGGGUGGUUGAGAGUGAUAGGAUGUGGGAUCUGAAAGACCUUGAUGUCGAUGUGGACUUGCAGACAGACGUAUCACCAUUCAUCGCAGCUGGAGAUGGCAGCAAUGAUGAAGAUACCGUAUCGAAACAGGCAGAGGUGUUCAUAGGGAAAAAGACUCCCCUCCAAGAAUGGGACGAGUUGUACGAACCCCCAUCUGCGGUGAAGGAAGGCUAUGUGAUUGAGUUUGAUUGUGUCAAGGAUAAGCCACCUCAACCGCAGGCGGCUAGGUUUCUCCCUCACUUCAGCCUCCUGUCAUCUUCUAAUCCGCUAUUUGCCGACUAUCAACCCCACAACUCCAAUGUCUUCAGCAUGUGUGACAACUUUGAGUAUGCAAAGGGUCAAUUUCUCUCUCGGGCAUCGGCGCAUUAUUAUGUCGUGGGCUGGAACGCCAAGCCGGCCGAUGACUUGUUCACGGGACCACUGCUCGGCAACCAGCCACAAUCAAGAAAGGAAAGACUCAAUGCACUGAAGCUGAGAAUCAAGCUGGAAGACUCUGACGGGAAGCAAAUGAAUGAUGAUUCUGUCGGCAAAAUUUUCGAAACCUGGUUGAAGGAUGAGGGGAAAACUCGAGCAGUGUGUCACGGCGCAAUGUAUCAGGUUGAUUGGAACUCGGAGAAGAAACCUGACAUUGUCCCUGCGGACGGCUUCUGCACCCAGCUAAACAGUACAAUACCUCUGGCGGUCGGUACAACACCGCUCGAUGCUUUAACAACGUAUGCCCGUGCUCAUACCUGUCUGGCUCCUCCUUCAGGCCUUGGAAAUGGGGGCAACGGUAUGGAGGACAAGGAUCCAGUCACAGUCCCCAAGCUGGAGAGGUGGAUCACUGAGCUUGAGCGUCAUCUCUUGUCUCGAGACGACGGCGUGGAAUCGCAAAAUCAGGCCUCUGAUUUCUUAUACAACUGGAACUUUGUCCGGGCCGACGGCGGCCAGCGUUGGAACGCAGCUGGAAUGGAAAAGGGGUCAGAUCGCUCCGGCGGCACCCCAAUAGAACUGAUCGAGACGCUUCGAGGGCUGAACCUAGAACAAGGCUUGCUAGAUGCGAGCCUCCGAGCUAUGGUGCGACUGAGAAAAGACAUGUUCUCGCUCUGGUGGCAAUGUGUGACUGAUCCAUUGUCGGGGGAGAAGGAAAACACCUACAAGGGGCUGGUCUCCGAACUGGAAAAAAGAUUCAACAAGUUAGAAGCUACAAUGAAAGCCUGCGACACUACAAUCCAGGACAAGUUGGCUGUAGUCGGGCAAAAAGUCAAACCAGGGGCCGCUGCCACCUUUUAUCAACAACGCGACCCGACCUUACUCGUUGGCGGUGUCAAUUCUGGCUGGCAACCAGACUACUUGGAUAAGCUUUUGGUGCGACUCGACGAGCAGACGCUCGGUUCCGACUCUGAUCGUACAAUUUGGGGCGACUUUGACAAAAUGCUUGCGUCAAAGUUGCCCAGCGGUGCCGUACAAAGUUCAAUCAAGGCACUGGUCUCCGAGUUUCUGUUUCUGGGACGACCGGAUGUGAAACCCAAGAUGGAUGCAGGGGAAAUUCCAACGACCAAGACGCCUCCUCUGUUUCAUGAUCAACUCUCAGUCAGAAGUCACGCGGAGACGUCAUCGGCUGCCGUGUUAGAGGGACCAAUUCCACCUCCCGCGCCACCUUCUGCUUGGCGGGACAGGUGGAAUCGUAGUCAGCCCUGGUUUCCAUUGUUUUUCGAAUGGGAAGUAGAAUACUACCAUAUUCCCUUUGAGGAUUGGCGCCUUUCAGCGCAAGGAAGUCGCUCGUCAACACUUGCCCAACUUCGAUACGGCAUUCCAGGAUCAACAAAGCUUGGUAAGAAAAACGACCAGGACCUGGACAAGAAUGCCAUUCAAGGCCGGGCUCUUCUUCUUCCCCAGCCAAGCUUCUCAUUAGCUGCCAAAAUUGAACAGCUGUUCGCCGGUACUCCCAAGCCUAUCCUUGACCAUAAAGACCCGGGAGGCAACUACGACUACCUCAGCCCUGAAGACAGAGAGUCUUUGCAAAAGGAACUCCACCAAUUGGCCUUUCUGUCUGCGCCGUUGGCUGGACUAACAGCGCAGCUGACCACUGUUUUCCAGGGAAACCACAUUAAGCCAAACUUGCGUGAUGCGCGCACUGGUGGUGUAGAACCCAUGGUCGCAGCCCUGAGACCGGGCGCUGGCUUCAACAAGCCACAGCUUCGCAUUAUUGAUAUCCAGACCGAUGACACUCCCUUUUGUAACUCUGUCAAGUCGUCUACUACUGCGUACUCCCUUUUCAAACCAGCUACUCAUGGACAGUUCAGGUUCACAAAGAUCAACAUCAUCGAUAAGUUUGGUCAGGUAAUUCAUGCUAUUGACCCCACCCCUGACGAAAAAAGUCGGCAACCUGUAUGGCCAUGUAUUUCGGAGUGGUAUGCUCCGCAGCUGAAAGACGGACCGGACAAGCAUCCAAAUGUCAUUGACACGUCCGAGUCGAAAGAGGAAAUAUCGGGCAGGAAUGAAGAGAAGCAAGGAAUACGAGAGAAGCCUCCCCAAUGCCCUCCUGGGCCUGCACCAGAGGCAUGCGAGUUCAUGCAAAUACCCCCUAUGAUUAACCAGCUCUCUCGCCUCAAUUCAUCGUUUGUGGUGCGAUCGGGCAGCGAAAAGGAGACCAAGGACGGUGAACCUAAGACCAUUGCUUCUACUGGUCUCGGCGCAGCGAUUAAAACCCCCUUUUGGCGUCCAGCGAAUGAGUGGGAAAAUCCAAUCUGGGGCUGGGUCCUUAUCAACUACGCCAACCAGGGCAUUCAGCUCUUUACCCAAGACGGGACAUUUUAUCGCGAAGUCCGUUUCGGCGGACCAAAAGGUGCGCAGAGCACACCUGCGUGGCUUCCCUUCAGACCACCGUCCGACAAAGCACUAGAUGCCCUGGCUGCGCAGCAAGGGCCAUCAGGAUUGAAACCCGAAGUCAUGCAACUCCAACGUCUGGCCACCCGCUUAGGUGGCGAUGUUGAAUUCAUGCGUGCGUUUUGGAAAAUGAUUGUUCACGCGACGGAAAACAUGCAACCAGCGCCCGAGGCCUACGCAGGCUUUACCAAUGCGGCCCUCGUUGGGCGACCACUGGCUUUGGCUAAUGCCGGGUGGUCUUUGGAGAUGGCUGCCGAUGAGUUGGUCACGCAGGCUACUGGAGAUCAGCCGGUGAAGAGGAAGCUCCUCGGACCCAAAAAGAAGAAGGGCGAAAAGAAUGGGCAUGAUUGUGACAGCGAUACAGAAGAACACGAUCCCGAUCCCUCAAGGUAUGCUUUCAGGGUCAAGAUUGGCGAUAAGCAACGUGGGUUUGACGGUCUCGUGGGAGUUUUCAAAUGCUCCAAGUCCCUGGAUCCCGAGACAUCACCAGACCUCGGCGUCAACAUGGACAAGCUAUAUUCUGAUUAUCUCUCGAAAGAGGAGAUGGAAGAGCAAAACAGCAUUGUCCCUACGCGUCCCCUUGUCCUUCGCUCACACUUUGUCGACCCCCUGAGCGCCUCGGACUCGCUCGACUUUUACAACAGGCGAAAUGAGAAAUUGUCCAUCCGGUCGCUGCUGCUGGAUCCCUUUUCCCCAAUCCACGCCUAUUCGGGAAUCCUUCCUGUCCGCGAACUCUCCCUUCCUCCGUGGACCUGGCAGGGCGCCUUGUCCAAGAUGAAGGCCUUCUUCCACCUGGGGCCGCUCGUACUCACCAAAGACGUUCCGGGGCGCUUCGAGCGCGACAGGGAGCUUACAUCAGACAGCCCCGUCGUGAAGGUGCCAGACGUGAGGAAAGGAGAAGGCUACGUCAAUGUACCUGCGUUGGCUGAGGGAGCUUGGGUGUGGCUCCAGCCGUAUUACGUUGACAAGGACAGUGGCAAUCCAACACCGGCAGAGGGGGAAGUAUGCAGCGUCGAUGACGGAGAAAAGGAGGCACUGGAGCGAUAUAUGGUGCUUCCCACCGCUGCCGAGGAUGAAAGAGCCAGGUUCGAGGAGGGGCCGGCCACGACUGUAGAGGGAUACUUGAUGAAAGUAGGCGAUGGUAAAAAGUCCAGCGGCGGAGGUGAGUAG